AUGAUGGUGGUGCCGGAGCUUCAAAAAGUGGCCUGGUGCCAGAAUGUCUAUGAGAAAGUCACCGGUGAAACGGUGGUGCUGGCGGCGAAUGGGGAGGCCUUGUUCUGCGACCAGGGAUGCUGCGGGAUGACCGGCAAGACCCACCUCACAGACGACAACUCCCUGAGCAAGAGCCACAGGCAUGCGAGCCGGAUGGUGGAGGCCUAUGAGGCCGCCUACAGGAGCUACGCGCCCAGCCUAUCCUUCGGCAAGCAGCCGGCGGAUUCCGCUUGCAAGGCGGCAGGGCCGGUGCUGCUGGCGAGCUCCAACUUGGACACGCCACCGGCCAAGGAGAAGUUGAAGAAUUUGAUCCAGGGGCUGCCCUCCACUGAAAAUGCAGCGGAUCAGUUUCCAAUGCUCAAGGUGCUCUCUUUGGACGACGGCGCCCUGCUGAGCCGAGAGUUCUGGGAUGCAGCGAGCCCCAGGCAGGUCCUAAACCCUAAACCCUAA